UUCCCUUUUUUGCACAAUAUUGUAUUCCAAAAAGGAUUGUAUGUUAUUAAUACACGCGUUAUAACGUUUGAUCGCCGUGAUUUUAAACCCAUGAAAGUGUUUAGUAAAAUCGGGUUAUUAAUUUGUGUAUUUGCCAAGAUCACCCUGGAUUAUUUUUCGUGUUGGUAUGAAGCAUAACGCGCAAAACACAAAGUUGCGCGCGGCGGCGAGGGUGGAAAAGUGAAACUUCUGACGCGCGCUGUCUGGUCGCUUUACGUAGCGUCCAGCCAAACAAUGUCGCAAACACAACAAAAGUUGAGAUGUAGUAGAGGAGUCCAAUCCUCUUAAGUGGCACAUACCUGUUGACAUUUAACCAGAGUGAAUAAUUGAACUCUUUUGCAAUGGAUAUCGACAGGCACCUGUUUGCUUUGUUUUCUUUUCCCGUUAUCCACCGAAUAUAAGUCAAAAUACGAUGAAACCCGCGGCUGUUGUUGUUCUACAGAUGUACGCUAGGCGAUACCCUACCUACGAGUGUAAAAGAUGCAUUUAAUCGCGCUUUACUUUCGAAUUAGGACUCAAAGUGUUCCCGGCUGGAAAGAACGGCGAUUUGGAACGUGCCAUGCGAUAGAGCAAACGCCGGGUAAUGGCCCGGCGUCGCGGGGAAGCGGAGAGAGCGCCGGUGGCGGAGCUGCCUCGCGCUCUGGGCACUUUGACUUCCCUCAGCCGAGCGAUGGGGACCCGUUAAGGGGAGGGAUUUCCAUGUCGAAUAGUCACCAGUCGAGGUCACCGAUGUGCCGAACCUUCUCCAGGUCCUCUAGUGGCUAUUUUUCCGUCGACAGCGAUUCUGUGCCAGGUUCCCCGCUAAUGCCCAAUAUUUCCGAGGCGCAAGACGGCCAAAAUGAUGAGCUAUGGUUUGCCGAACCUAGCCACCAGCCCGCGCAGAUGGCAGCACCUGUGGGAGCCAUGGGGCCGGAGAUGGCGGUCGCUCAGGAGCUGCGGCGCAUUGGAGACGAGUUCAACCGUCUGUACUGUCAGGGGGAUGGGAACAACGGGGCCCAGCUGCGUGCUCCCAACGAACACGCCAUCAUCAUGUGGAUGAACGACCUUAUUGGACGUGUAGUACAGUUUUUCCUGCGAAGAAGAUGAUUGACACAUUGAACGCCCAGCAGACGUGUAGCAGACAUGUAGCAUCGUACAUCACCCCUUUACCUGACUGUAUAUAUGUACAUAAGGAAUAACAGCAGUGCUGCUCUUCCGCAACCUCUCCGGGUUACGGCGUACAGUUUUGGACCUUUCGGGAUGUGUGCAGACCAGGACGGAUACAUUAAUCGGGAACCCUCGGCCAUCCAUAGACUGACUCACAGCAGAGUUUCCUGCGUUCACAUGGAAAGCUGAGCCAUUAGAUGCUGUGUUGACGUGGAGGUUUAUUUUGAACCCCAUGUGGAGUGUGGAAAAGGUGCCUUUACUGCCUGUUUGCCUUUGACACAUCUAUCUUUUUUGUCUUUACCCUGUCUUCUUCUUCAUUGCUUUUAUAUUUAUUUUCACUGUAUUUAAUUUGUACAUUUUGUGUGUAAUUUCAUGAACGUGGACGUUAGUGGGUUAGUGGUUCUGCCUGUCCCUCAUGUGUUCAUUGGCUCCAAAUUUGCACUUGCAUUUAGUUUGCUUAGUCUGUACAAAUCAAAUGAAAUAGAAAAUGAUAAUCCCGUAACAGAAAAUGAAGUUGGAAUUGAAAAAUUUGUAAUUGAAGACAUGACCGAAAGCAUCAACUAUAUUUAGAAAUUUGACCUAUGAAUUACCCUUCAGCCAGAAUUUCUUGGAUUUGACGUCGGAAAUAUAUCCUUACUUUGAAGCCAGAUAAUUAAAGGCCUUUUCACAUGACUCAUGUCAAUCCCAACACAUCAGGAAACUUUGAAACUUUAUUAACCUUUGGUACAAAUGGGAGGGACACAUUAUAAAACAAAGAUUGACUCAUGAAUAUUAAGUGAUAUGUUCACUUAGUAGUCUAUACUGAUUUGUCAAUACAUUGACAAAUAGGCGCUUCCCAUUUUAGCGCACUGCUGAUGCAACCAUUUGGAAGAAACUUCUGCUACAGAUUUUG